AUGAUAUUCCGGAUAGCACCUCUAGCCGCAGCUUUCGCAAUCAUACGAUAUGUAGCUGCGGAAGUUGCACCGGAGAUUACCACCGUUGUCGAAGGCUACAACGUGAUUGCCAAGAUCCCUUGCAUUGGCUGCCCGUUUCUACAUCAGGACACAUCGCAAGGCAGUGAUGCGCCAUGGGCUCAGAGGAAAGACGAGAAUGCUCUGCUGCUGAACAUCUCUCUUCCCUACGACUCAGCGCACUUGAGCAUCAACAACGCCCCACUUUUAGCAGACGCGAAGAUCCUACCGCGGAUAUACAUUAACCAAGUCCUGUUAGACACUUCGGAUGAUGAUCUGAGCAAGCUUGUUGCUUCCAAUCAGCUCGAUAACCUUGGAGGUGCCUACUUUGGUGCUUCUUACUCUUACUCCUUGCGUCAUGUCAAAGACUCCAACGCACUGGUAUUUCACUUCGAUGUCAUGGAGUUGUGGACUGAUCUAACCUCUCCGGCUCUUACCAUUGUUAUGGACAGGGAAGAGCAGAAAAUGUUGGAAGUCGUACUUCUACAACGUCCUUUAUUGUCUGCUGGUGACCCAGCGAGCUCAUACGAAAUUAUCCGUGCCUCACUCCUACCUCGCUUAGAGUCAAGCAAAGGUACAAAAGGACCCAGAAAAACGUCGAUGUGGUUCCACGAUUGGGAUGCGAACGGCAAGAAAGGCACGGCGACACAUGUUGUCAAUUCGGCUUCUUCAUCCUUCAUCGACUACAUCAGUUCUGGUGUCUGGUCUUUGUUCGUUUUCAUUCUCGCAGUCAUGGCGCUAUUUGUUGUUGUGUGUUUGUUGAUAAUCUUUGGGUGUAGAUGGCAUAAAGACGACUACGAAAGAGCACAGCAUGGCAAACGUAAAAGUGGUAGUGGAAAAGGCGCUGUCCUGCGCAUCCAUCCAGCUUGCACAAUGGCCAUCACAAACACCACCAGCACCGUCCAGGCGAUCUUUUCCCUCCAUGUCGUUACAGCAGGGAGUUCCAUCAUCCUCCUCCUGGCAGCACUCGCGCUGUUCGGUCGUCAACUCGUCGGCGGACCAGGCCGCCCACGUACAUUUAUGAAGUUUACCAGAUCGACUGAGAAGAGGCACAGCUCCACGGGCACUCAUAUCUUCCUCAUCACCGGCCUCUCCACCCUGAUGGUGGCCUAUGCCACACAAUCGUCCAUCGUCGCCCUCCAAUCCCGUCUAAACUCUCCCUUCUACAUCACCUCUGCCUACGCAUAUCCCCAAUACACCGCCCCCUUUGGCAACAAUGACUCAAUCCAAUACGGGAAAAUCAUCUCCAUUCUCUCCUUCCUCUAUCAAUGUGCCAUAAUCAUCAUGAACGCCUGCAUUGUAGGCGCGAUUUGGAUCCAUGCCAACCAUGUGCAGAAUAACGGUACCGGUAUCAAGGAACCUGGUUUCCUGUCUUGGAUCUGGAACGGGUUCUGGAUCUUGGCUAUCCUUGCUCUUGGGUUUGCGAGCUGGGCUGUUGGUCUUACGCGACGUGGUAGCGGCAAUUCUGCGCUGGCGUAUCCGAGUUUGGUCAGCGAUGAUUUUAUGGUGAGGACGCUGUACGUCACGUAUGUGGCUGUUGUCAUCGCGGCUUCGACUAGUGCGACUUUGGAAGCGGUGUUGUGCUGGAUUGGUAUCAAGAAGAACGGGGUUACUGGUAACCGUUCCAAGUCCGCUCUUACCCGCUUCGUCAUGCUCGUUACACCCCUCGUUUGGGCCCGCAACGCGUUCUCUAUUGCGCAGGUCGUACUCAUCUACCGCAACGUGAACCGCUACUCGCGCACUACCAAUCAGGCCCUCGCUUUCCUCUUCAUCAUCUUCGGCGAGCUGUGUGAUCUUGGUAUCCUUGCACUAGUCCUACUCGGCGCUUGGAGCUUCGGCCGCAAGGGUGAACAGAGGCCGGAGGUUGUCAAGGAUGGUAGGUACAGCGAGAGCAUGAGGGAUAGUGCUUACGUUGACAAUCGCGGAACCACUUACCUAGAUGGACCUGCUGGAACUUCUUUCGAGGAGGGAAGGGGCUCGACCUAUGUUCCCCGCGUCAACUAG